AUGUAUUCUGGUAUAACCAAUGUGAAUGGAACAGAAGCGGAUCCCAGCCUCUUUCUAUUCAGUGACGCCAGGAGGGAGCAUGCAAAACAAUUCCUUGACGAUCUACACUCCUGCGAGAAUGCGCCGACGAGGCAGAGGCUGUGCCAAGAGAAACGCGACGAGCUAUUGGCUCAGAAGCACGACUUGAAGGUUGAAUUUGCGUUCUACAAGUCGGUUUUUGUCAGAUGGAUUCAGUACGGCGUCACUGAGCACGGUCCGGAGUGGAAGGAAUUCGCUACAGCCGCAAACGAAGGCGCCGAUAAUCAGACGCUAUGCGCCAAGGAGCUUAAGAAGGCGGCGAGCUACUGGGGCGAGGACAUCGUUCAACAUUAUAUUGAAGGUCGUGGGGCUAGUUUUGCCAUGUGGCUCGCCCGUGUGGCCAAGGUCCAUCGGGACUUCCAGACAGAGGCCCUGCCCCGACUACAGCAGCUCAUCCGUCGACGUAUCCAGCUUGAUAGGCGCAACUUCAAGCACGCCAUUGAGCGCAUCGAUCUUACCAAUGCAAAAUCAUGGACCUCAGAUGCUUCCUAUGUGAAGUUGAACGAUCACGAGAAAAUCGAGCUCCCCUUUUCAAAUUUGAAACCAAGCGAGCUACCAAACGGUUAUGUCUUCGAUCUUUACGGUCUUAUUGUCCCCGGGCAAUCUACAGUCGAGGUGUCGAAGGCUCUCCACACGACAGAUCAGCCCUCUAGCAUCGUGGAGUCCACGAAAAUCGCGAGUAGCGUACCUACCAGUCAAAGUGAGGGGCCAGUCCAGCCCGGAAUCUCCCGUGCUUGUGUCACCACCAUAAGCAAUAGCAAUGAUAGUCCGGACGCAAGCUCGGCACCCACCAAUCUACCCAGUAAUGGGCAAGUUAAAUGUAUGCAGAGUGCAGUCCACGACUCUCCAACCUGCAUUACGGAGCCCGCGACCCAAGUUCCCCACGAAAAAACAGUCCAGACAGAGUUCCGAAGAUCAAACCGCAUUGCAGCCGAUAAGCAGGCCGUGUACGAGUCGGCGGAAACGACGUUACGAAGGACCAGCCGCACCACCAAGACCAAGACCCCGAAUGUCGAGAGUCGAAAUCAUCAACCAAAAGGGAUCGAAUCGAGUUCGGAUACUCUUGACUUGGUUUUGGAACGAAUCAGUCAGCUUGCCGGGGAGCUUGAUAAAUAUAGCUCGCUGGAGGAGGUGUCAGUGGCUCCGGACAAGCGACGUGCAACAUCGGUUCCGCUGGACGUUGGCAAGACACACAAGCGGCUUUGCGACCAGACAGUCAUCGGUCCUCGUGGCUUCUGCCCUGACGCGUUGCCUCACUGCGACUCUGCCUCUGAUCAGGUGUAUCUCGCCCAAGCUGUCAGCGAGGUGUCCCAGAGGGCCAAAGACGCGACCGGAAGCCGUGGUGCUCGAACCGCAGCAUGUCUGCUCCCCAUCUUGAAGAACUGCAAACACCCCAACACAGAUGCAAACUGCGGCGCGUUGGACCUCCAUCUGAUGAGUGGAGUCCGAGCCAAGAAAUUCCUCGACUCCAAUGCACCCGAUGUCCCACUUAUAACGGAGGGGCAGCAGAUAUUCGAAUGGGACAAUCGAGAGAAAGCCAUUGCUGAGUUUUUUGAAUGGAUUGGGGAUGACGACAAAACUGUCUCGGUUCAGAUUCCAUCCCUGGAGGCUGAUGGAUGCUCCUGUGAGGUACGCAACCUGGGACAAGUCCGAAAUCGAUUUCUCUCGUUAAACAAUGAGGAUGACCCAUGGAAUGUCCUUGACUGCAGCUGCCCAAUGCCUUCCACCCUUCCAUCCUUUUUGACCGGAAGAAACUGCCAGCUUCUCGGCCGGAUACGGGAUCAAGUACUGAAUGGUCACAGUGCUGAAAGGGCACAGGUUUCUAGGGAUGAUUGGUCGGAGUGGAAGGACAUCGAGCACUGGGCACUUUUGUCUGAAGGGGGACAUUGCACGGCACCGCAUAUGGAUAGCCAUGGCCUUGCGACGUGGAUAACUGUUCAACAGGGCAGUUUCGGUUUUGUUUGGAUGUCGCGCCCAACCGGGGAUCAGCGAAGAGAGUGGAUGAAGGAUAUAGAACACUAUAACGACGAUCAGAGAUGGCGUUAUUGGAUUUUGAAACCCGGCCAGACCGUCUAUUUUCCCUCCGGAACAAUCCACGGCGUGUUCCGGCUUCGGGAAGAGCAGACACUCGCGCUCGGCGGCCAUAUCCUCCAAUGGUCCGGAAUCAAUCAAUGGGCGGACGUGUUCCAUGAACAGGUCAGGUACCCUAACUCCACCAAUGAAGAUAUGGAAUCUCCCUCAAGGUGGUUUUUGGCUACGGAGCGGCUUGUCCAGAAUAGGUUGGGGCAGAGUACGAGAGAUUGA